AUGCCUGCACGGCGUCCGUCCGCCUCAGCUGGUCAUGUAUCAUCCAACGCUCCCUCCAAUUCCUAUCGGACUCACCGGAGCAACGACUCCCAUCACGCUUUCUCGAGUGUAUCCUCGCAGACUCAGACUGCGCCCUACUCAGCUUCGAAUGCCCCCGGAACGCUCAACCAGCAGAGGAUCAUCCAAGCGCUAGUCCAUAGAUUGAAGGACAAGCUUCCGACGUUCUCUGGUCAAGAUCUCACAGUCAUCGAGAGCGAUAGUGCGGUUGAGGAGACCAUUAACUGCCUCGUGGAGCUGUCCCGAGAUUCGCUAGAUAUCAUAGCUUACGCGCUGACUGGUUUAUCAGAAGAAAUGGCAAAGCAUCCGGACGAGAAGGUCGCCAGAACGAUCCCGGUACUUCAAUCCCAACUAUUUCUCCUCAAGGUUCUCGCCAUAGCAAUGGCUUCGCGCUGGCACCGCUUUGCAGACGAAGCUCGGACUGCGUCACACUCUGCUAAGUUGAAGGCGCCUUCUGGCCUCUCUCUACCGGAUCUCCCUACGGCAUCUUCUGUCGGAGCCAGCUCGAACAUGAAGAACAGCCGGCAGACGUCAAGUGACCACUUAUCUACGUCUCCUGGUUUGACAGAGCCUCCGCCUUUGGACGACAAUUGUGCGAAGUACAUUCUGAGCACCAUGGUCCUGUUUCUGCGCCAAACAGCUCCGCCAGAAGGUCGCCUCAUGUCGUCCGCUAAUCUUGGCUUUGGAGCGACCUUUCACGACUUCGAAUCCAUUGAAGUCGAAGAUGCCCCUUCGCAACCUCCUGAGUUCUUUGAUGCCGACUUGCCUUCAGGAGAAGCAGUUCGCAAACAUACCCGAUUUCCUAAACACAGCACGUCUUCGAACUCAGUUGAUUCUGGGAGCCCUAGCGUGACUUCGUCUAUGCCCAUCCCACAGCUGAACGUGAAGUUUGAGAAAACGCACAAAGUCUUGGCGAAAUCUCAUUUCUCGCUGAACUCACUGAUCUUGAAGUUUGCUGGCCGCAUCAUCUAUCAUCUUUCAGCGUCAAACUGGACGGUAGUCAUGCAACGGAUCCGCAACAAGAUUCAUUCCUUAGCCGGGUCGCACGAGGAGAACCCAGAUAUCAUCGACCUGAACCUGAUGAAGCAUAGUGGAUUGGACAGGCAACGGCUGGUUCAAAUUCUGCAAGAAUUGUCAUCUCUCCUUGUGAACAUGAGGCGUGAAGCGAGAACAGCAAUUGCCAUUCCGCUACGGUCUGCGGUCUGGAAUUGGAUUGAUCUAUUCCCUGGGGAGUACAAUGAGGCUCUCCGCUCAUAUCGCAGACUAGAGGGUGCUCCCGAACGUGUCUUUGACCUGCUUUGGGACCCCACAGAGUCUGCUGCAGCGCGCGCCCUUUGGCCGACUCUCGCUGUACUUUCCUGCAUCUCUACUGAACGCACGCGAACCGACUAUCAGUCUUCCUUGAAAGCCACAGGGACAAACAAGAGCAACUUACAGAAAUUCGUGGAUCUGUUGAACAAGAACAUGCAUUCUUCGUCGAAGCUAAGGGAUGUAUCGAUUCUUUGUGCGUUAGAUUAUUGCAGGGGAGCUGCCCGUGUUAAGCCCGAUGGAGACCUUCCGAUACGAUCUAUUGCUUUUGACCUUGCGCAUGAUAUUAGAAGCGCCCUUCUACAAUAUCAUGACCACAAGCCUUUCUGGGAGGCACCGGAAGAGAUCGACGUAAGCAUGUUUGCUGAUGCAUUAGUUCUCUUGUAUCGGUUCUCGCCCUUGGAGGAGGCGCACCAACUUUUCAAGACAUGUCUGGAGCCAGAACGAUCUGAUGCCGUCAAGUUAUGCGUGAUCAAAGCCUGCGUAACACUGAGCGUGGAGUAUGGUGGCGUGCGUCGCAAUGAGGUGGACGAGGCUGGCAACUUGAAACGGACAUCCUUCAGGCCGAAGGCAAAGCGAUUCACAGCGGAGACAGUGUCAGACCGGGAAUUGCUGCUUAUCGGCGUCCUACAUCUAUGGAGAUGCAAUUUGGGAUGGAGCUUCACAGGAAUCACCCACGACGAAGCUAUCGCCUGGAUUCCUGCGGCAUUGAAGGUGUGGGAGGAGCAACCAGAUCCAAGCGUCCAGUAUUCCAUUGCACUCGCUCUCAUGCAAGUCAGCGCUCAAAUCGACAGUCUGAGGCCUUCGGAUGACUUCCACAAAAACGUACUACAGUGGAAGCUAUUGUUCACGCCCGCAGCAAUGCGAAUCAUAGCAAUCGCCCUUUUGAACUCGCGUAUGGACCUGGAGAAGCAAAGAUUAUGGGCCGAAAUUUCACAUGAGAUUCUCCUGUCAUACAUUCAGGAGGCACAUAAUGACAGCAUCCAGAAGGCAGUGCAACUAUCUGAAACUAGGCUGCCUGCACUUGCAUUAUUGGAACUCGCAAGCGCCGUGUCGCUCACGUCUGCGGACACUGGCGUAUCUCGUCUUGCUGCUCAUAAUUUGAGGGUCAUUGCUAUUGCAGAGCGACGUCCGGAUGUACCCAGCAGCGCUAAGGGUGAUGAUGAAAGGGUGAAGCGCUUCACAAUCUACGACCAGAUCGGCGACCCAAAGACAAUUAUCACAGGGCGUGUCGCCUGGCAGAAGCGCAUUCGACGGUUGUUUCGAAUGCUUGCGGCUCCUCACCCUUCUUAUGUUGCUAUCUGGGAGGAAUGCUACUACCGAUGGUGCGCUCUGACCGAGCUGGUCAUUCGAGCCCCACUUGAUCCUAUCACGCGCGAGGGCUUCGAAGAUGGGUAUACUCCUACUGGCGACAAGUCUUUGUCCAAUGAGGAGCAACAAUUUCAAUGGCAGAAUCUCACUCUGUUCCUAGCGGCGUGUGGAUCUGCUUGCUUAGUAGAAACUCACGAGCCUGACGCGCUUCAGAAAAUCAUAUCUCCCAGUCUACUUCCAGAUUCGAUGAGGGUGCUCAAAGAUCCACGGGAUCUAGUCGGCACAUUUGUCGUAUACCUUAUCGACCUUCUUCUAUCCGAUUCGGUAAUGGCCAGAGAGAUAUCCAAAGAGGCCCUUGGGUCAGAAUUAAGUCCUCGACUGUAUGCCAAGCUGUUCAAGCAUCUAGACGAGGUCAUCCAAGAUAUCACUCAAGGCACUAAUCUAGAGUGGUCAGAGCAUUUCCAAAUCUUUCUCGAUCAAUUCAUCGCAGUCCUCAAGUUGUUAGUAGAGAAGGCCCAGGCUCAUGACGAUGUCCUGGCCGUUGAUAUGACCUCGACGUUGUAUGCGUUGGCCGGGUUCCUCAACCAGUUCAACAACAUUUCUUCUUAUCGGCUCAGGAUCAAGUUCUGCACGCUCUGUCACAGCGUGUACUCGCGAACAGAGCUAGCUUUACGAAAAGAUACUCCUUCACGCCAGCAUAUUUUAGCCAUUGUACUAGAGUGGAUGCAAGAACCAUCUAUUAUGGUCGACCCAGAGCUGAUACGUUUGCAACCCGAGUUGAAUCUGGCAAGCCUUCGAGCGGUUGUUCAUUUCCUCGAUCGCCUUCAACUGCGUACUCCGGAACAACUUCGCGCACCUGAACAAACGCGUCCACCUGAUGGCACAGACAGUGAAGAUCAAAGUCACGUCGUUUCUCGCCUGUUCAUACGUUACUUCGGCCUCAUCUUGAGAAUGCUCGAGAUUGGUCGCACGGAGUCAGCGGACGAUGGGCUUUCCGAAGUAUCUUCGUUCUCGCAGCGAAUGCGUGCCUCCCAAAGAGAUUCCGAAAUUCGUGACCUGGUCAUUGAAGGCCUCUCACGUUUGAUCAGUGCCAAUACGGAGACUGGUGUCAAGCACAGCUUGGCAUUGGCCUACGACGAUGAUAUCGGCAAGAGAGCUAUAUUCACACACGUCUUCGCUCGAGUCAUGGGACAAGGAGCCAAGUUCGAAACACAGGAGAAUUCUGCAAUGUUAGGAGCCAAGAGCCAGCUGUGCGAGUUGGUUAAAGGACCAGAUCUGGGUCUUGUAUUGGCCAUAUGCGAGACUUGUCCACCAUCUGAGCUUGAUAUCAUCAUACCUGUUUUGUUGAAUAUUUUCGACACUCGCGAGUCGCUCAUGAACCUCAUCAAGGCUUUGUUGGACCGUGAAAUUGCACGCACAGAGAACGAGUCAUCCUUAUUCCGCGGCAACUCUACUUGCACGCGUCUUCUGUCCGCCUUCGCCAAGGUACAUGGGUACACAUAUCUUCGCAGUCUCAUUAUUCCACUCGUUAAAUUGAUGACGGACACGCCGCCUGGCCGAGGAUACGAGCUUGAUCCUUCUAAAGUCGGUGAGCAAGAGGCGAAGCAAAACCAGCAGAACGUGGAGCUCGUCGCAUCAUCAUUUUUGGAAAUCAUAUCGUUAUCCGUACCCGCUCUUCCUUCAAUGUUUCGCGAGCUCUGCGCCCAUAUUGGAAAAGCGGUUAACGCGGUUUGGCCGGAAGCUAAAUUUGCUGCUCUAGGAGCGUUCAUUUUCCUGCGCUUCAUCUCGCCUGCUGUGGUUCAACCUGAACAUGUUGAUGUCGAGCUUCCCAAAGACGAUAUUGUCAUUCGUCGGGGACUCAUGGUCAUUGCUAAAAUCAUCCAGAACCUUGCGAACAAUAUCUUCUUCGGCAAAGAAGCCUAUAUGGUUGUUUUGAAUCCAUUCUUACAACAAAAUAUCGUCAAUGUCACUAAAUUUCUGAGUGAACUCAAUAAAUAUACUCCAGCAUCUGCUGAAGAGGAGAAUGAUGAGUGGACAGGUAUGACGUACGACGACACCGACACUGUUGUCUUGCACCGCUUCUUCCAAACACAUGCGGACGUAGUCGGUAAAACCCUGCUUGGCACAUCGCCUCAACUAUCGGUAGAGGGUGACGCUUCUGCCAUCAGCGGUAAACGUCGCUGGGAAAUAACUUGUGACACCCUGGUGUCGAUGGGCCAGGCCUCCGAUAUACCUCAUUUGUCAACCUUACCCAGCUCUCAACAUCAGGAGUAUCUCGACCUCAUGAACCAUUACACUUAUCGUAACGUCGCUGCCGUAAAAGAUAUAUUUGUUGAAACCUUUACAGAAAGGGAGGAAUCGGCCGUUUUUGUCUUCUUCGUAUCCAAGAUAGACGUAGAAACGCUGGACAUAGAGUUGCUGCUCUACCACGUCUUCAAGACGUUGACUCUACCUGCCUACGAGGAUCGCACCUUCGAUAUCAUAUUCGAUUGGACGUCUUACUCUACAGCAUCUCAAGUUCCAGUGCAGUGGCUGAAAUACUGCAUUGAGAUGAUUCCAUCGGAUAUCCGUCAACGAUUCAUGAUGGCUUAUAUCUUGAACCCCAACAAUGCUACGCAUAAGUAUCUUCGCCGUCUUCACAACAUCACUGCCGGAAUGAAUGUAUCAAGUAGCGUCAAGGCGUGUUCAUCCAUCGCGGAGUUGAGACAUUUCGUGCCACCAACAUGUGUGGCCCCUCUUGUCUAUGCCACGGGUCUGGAGCAGGAGGAAUGCGAGCAAUUCCAAUAUGUGACAAUGAGACAAGCUCACAUCAGAAUGUCCGUAACCUUGGAAGUUGGACUGACUCAUCUGCGAAUAACAUCGGACAAAACACAAGCCAUCUCCCCAUCUCUGUCUUGCAAAUUGACAGAGAUCAUAUCAUUGGCGGAUAUCAGCGAUGUUUAUAGUGUGGCAACGGGACACGACCCUUUCGAAUUCAUCAUCCGAAAGACUCGACAAACGGCGACGUUAUACUUCUCUUCACCUCGAAGAGAGCAGAUUGUGAAGUCUGUUCGUGCUGCUAAAGGUCGCAUGAGGACCAGUGCUUUCCCUGGCACGGAACGGUUCUCGCGGCUAUCCAACGUCAGUGCAGCGUUACUUCACAUCGGAAUGAUGAAUAUGGGUGUCGACGACGACGAGCUACGUGGCGCUUCCUACGAGCUGCUCUCCUCAGUCCUUGCGUCCUUCAACCUUGACAGCAAUCCACUUAUCACCUUACGAGGUAUCUGGGUAGCUGGUUCUGCAUUACCUUUCCUCAUAUCACUGAGCGAACGGAUCGCGACCUUGGUUCCCCAUUUGACAUUGGAUUUCAUUUCCGAAGUUUCGACAACGUUGGACAAAGCUAGUCGGUCUCAACGGCUGCAUUGUUUAUCUUAUAUGUCUCCAUGGUUGAAGAACUUGGCGAAGUUCAUCGAUCCGACAAGCCCAACCUACGAUCACUCCGGUGCCAAGACGAGGGACUGUAUCCGACUUCUGAUUGAUCUCACUAUUGCUGAUCCGCAAACGUUGACGGUGGCGCAAAAAUCCAUUUGGGCGGAGAUAGCAAAGCUUGAUCCGACUUUCAUAUCUGUGGUCGUGGAUGAGCUCAUGCGCGCCGCAAUUGACGGCGGCGUAGGCUCUCAGCGAUGUGAAACUAUUGCUCUGGCCAUGAUGCCUCUCUCUUCGAUCAAUGUGCGAGGCCAGAUCCUAUCUAAAAUGCGCAAAGCGUUAGGCAAGACAUCCGCGAAACCAACCAAGACGCUCGCAGAGAACUCACAUUGGAGCGAGAUCGCAGCCUUGAUUCGCCUGCUCUUUGUCGUUGCCCAACAGUCAAAACAACCGGCUCUCAGUCAGUUCUAUGUUCCGGAAGUCAUUCAUAUGAUCACGCUCAUUGCUGCGACUGGCGAGCCUGUGGUCCGUUCUACCAUCUGGGGAAUUGUUGUUGAGCUAUUACAGUCUCAGUGGAUUGCUCGUGCAUCAGACGCGGUCGCAGGCCCAGAGAUCCGACAUCUUCUCGACGAAGCUAGCACGCCAAAUAUACUUCGAUUAUUUGGGCUCAUCAGAGCGACUCGAACGAGCGAAUUGACCGUCUGGGACCCUAAGGGCGACAAAGCAAUUCUCGACAACCAAGAGGGCCUGACACGCUUCCUUAUCCAGGUCAUGGAAGUGACUUCAGGGACGAAGGGUUUGCUGAAUGUGUGGCGUGCUCGGUGGAUGAGUUUGGUUACAUCUACAGCUUUCCAAGUUUCACCGGCCAUCCAAACGCGAGCCUUCAUCGUCAUGGGUGCUUUGGCUACGACGGAUGUCGACGACGACUUUUUCUACCAGAUGCUGGUGGCAUUCAAAACAGGCCUCAUGCAAGCCAGGGAGGGUGAGACUACAUCAGUAGUUAGCAUGCUCAGGUGCAUCAGCAACGUCGUCCCCGGCUUGGUGGAAAACUCUCGAUAUCUCCGUCAAAUUUUUUGGCUUGCCGUUGCCCUCCUACAGUCAAGCCAUACUGCAUUCUUCGAAGAGGCAUGCCAUUUACUCCGAGUCACAACUGAGGCCUUAUUUUCGCAAGGUCUGCUACGGGAGCGAGGCGUCUCUGCUUCCAUCUUGGAUUAUCGAUCGCCCUUGGAAGAGAUAGCCUGCCAAUUGGAUCAGUUAUUAGGGAUAUCUUUCGAUAGCAAUUUCUCAUUCUCACUGGCCGCCAUGAUUUUCAAAGGUGUGCGCCUGCCUUUCUUGAAAGACGCCGCCGUCGAUGCUUUGCGAUGCAUGUUACGGAUCAGCACUCGAGCUACAGAGGAGGCAGAAGUUACGAACGAAGGACCCGGCGCAGCUAUCAAUCCAGAUGCCCUCGGAUACUUUAUGGCUCUGCUUCCAUCAUCAACCACCCCAAGCACAUAUCGACAGCUUCUGAUGGAUAGUAACGCCGACGCAUAUUGGCUUCUCGAGGAGGGUAUCGAACACCCGGAAGAUCAACGAGUGCCUCGUAUUCCUGCUGGAAUCCUGGGCGUUAUGGAUAACACUACUGCCCUGCUUGUCGUCUCGUCGAUCGCAUAUAUGCUCACAGAAGCCAGUGGUGGGGAGAUGGAGAUGCUUUUCAGUCUGCUAUCAGACCUUGCUGUAUCUUAUCCAGAGGCCGUCACCCUAGUUUAUGACGGCAUAGAAAACAAGAUCAAAGAGACUUUCUCCAGCUCCUCGAACCCCGCACUCCUGAAAGCCUCAGCUAACAUCUUCCACGUGGUGAUGCAAGAUCCUAGUCGAAACAGUCUCCGUGGCUCUGCAUCUACUCUCAGUACCGUUGACGAAAGCACACCUCAAGCGAGCAACAAAAAUCAUUUGUACGCAUUGGAGGAAUUGGGCAUGAAUGGAUUAGCCAAUACCUUCACCUUCCUACCUCAAAGCAAGCCACAGGCUGCUUCCAAGAUUAUCCAAUGGAUUUCGGAUCUAGUUGGAAGGAUUAUAGAAUAA